AUGACAGAAGAUCUGUUGCCAGAUGAUGUCUUGACUGUACUGUGUGAGAUGGAAGUUACCAUAGUCGAGAAGGUUACUGAAUCAACUCUGACUAAAGAAGAUGCUAUUUCAAGUAAUGGAGCUAAGUUGCUGAUUGAAAAUCUCCAACUUGCGUUUGAGAACCCAAGAUUUUCCGACGUGACAUUGAAAGUCGGCGACGUUGAAUUUCCAGCCCACAAGAUCAUCCUGGCAAACCGUUCCAAAGUAUUCGACGCGAUGUUCGACAGUGAAAUGAAAGAAAGUCAAGAAAAUGUGGUGAAUCUGGUGGAAAUGAAGAUUUCUAUUGCCAAGGACAUGCUGAGUUACAUCUACAGUGGAAACAUCCGGGAACUGUCUAUGGAUCGAGCAACAGACCUCUAUGCGGUGGCCGACAGGUACGACAUACCAGAGCUGAAGCAGUGGUGCAAAGAUUUCAUUCUGAAGCACAUUUCUCCAGAUUUCGCUUGUGAUGUGGCUAUACUGGCGAAUUUGCAUGGCGACGAGGAUCUGGCUAAAGCGUCGAAGCAAACAAUCAGGAAUAACUUGAAGGCAGUUCUAAACUCGGAGAAGUGGCUUUCUCUUUCCAAGGAAAGCCCAGCUGCGUACUUGGAGCUAUUACAAAUGGCUUUGUUGGAUGACAGCCAGUAA